UAAUGGCAGAGAGAAAUUUUGAGAAAUAUAAGCGCAUAAAGUUGCUUAACCAGGGCUCAUAUGGUAAAGCAUACCUAGUUGAGGCAAAGAGUGACAAAUCCCUUUGUGUGAUCAAGCAGAUCCAGUUCAAUGCAAAGAAUCCGACAGUUAUGAAAGAAGCUAUUUAUCUCAGAGAGAUGCACCAUCCUAAUAUUAUUCAGUUUAAAGAUGUUUACUUUACUAAGAGCAAGAAGCUGUGCAUAGUCAUGGAAUAUGCUGAUGGAGGAGACCUUUCAUCAAAAAUUAAGCAUUUUAAGGAUAAUAACAUGAGCUUCUCAGAGCAAGACAUUAUAGUAUAUUUCUCCCAAAUUUGUGCAGGUAUGAAGUAUUGUCAUGAUAAAUAAGUUGUUACAUCGAGAUAUCAAAUCGCAGAACAUCUUUUGAACAUCUGAAGGUAGAAUUAAGAUCGGGGAUUUUGGAAUUUCCAAGAUUUUAGAGAAUACGAAGGAAAAUGUGCAGACAAUCGUCGGAACUCCUUGAUACUUAUCUCCUGAAAUUAUUGAAAACCAAUGAUAUAAUUUAAAGUCUGAUAUAUAUGCACUAGGAGUAGUUUUGUAUGAACUAUGUAUGCUUAGGCAUCCUUUCAAGGCUGACUCAAUCCAUGCGCUUGCUAUAAAAAUAGUCUCAGGGGAGUACACAGAAAUACCAAGCAAGUAUUCUGAAGAUUUAAAGUAUCUUGUUGAUAACCUUCUGCACAAAGAUCCAGAACAAAGAAUGAAUAUUGAUGAAAUCAUUGAUUACCUUAACCUAAAAUUCAUUACUCCUCAGCUAGAAUAUGAAGAGAUAAAGUGCCAAGAAAAUAUAGAGGAACAAAUUCCUGAAGAAAUUGAAAUUGAAUACGAUAAGAGCAAACUUGGUGAAGAGGAAACUAGAGAAGAAACCAAGAAGAGCUCUAAUAAUGAUCCUAUUGAAGAGAAUAAAAAUGAUCUUAGCGCUAUAGAACUUGAAACAGAUGGUCUCAGAAAAGAAACUGAUCUAACUGAUCAGCAGUACGAACUAGCUCUGAAAGUAGGAAUUGAUAAAAUUGAGACUAACAAUAUUAAAUAAGAAGCAAAAACUGGCUAAGAACAGAGAAGAGGAAAAACAAAAAUAAGCUAAAGGCUAGCAAUACUGACCUUUAUAUACAAGGCCAUAGUCAUAUAAGAAACAAGUCGAAUAAUGUAAAAUCUGUGAAGCCAAGUUCUACCAACAAUGUGCAAGGUUAUAGGAAAAUUACUCCUUCAGCUCAAUCAAAUGUGAAUGAUUCUAGAAUAAAAAGAAACCCCAAAAGACCUCAGCUAAGGAAAUAAGGUUAGUGGAGCAACGCCUAAAGUUGCUUUUGAGAAAGAGCCUGCUCUUAGGAAACAGAAAACCACUCAAGAAAAUAGAUUUGUCAGGCGGAAAAUAACAGUGAAUGAUAGAGAAGAGGAGAUCAAGAAGCAGCAUGAUAUUCAAAAAGCCUUACUUGAGAAAGAAAAGGAGAUAGAAAUGAAGGCAAAUAAAAAGAAGCAAGAAAGCAACGAAAGAUGGCUGAAACUUCAUAAUCAACGGCUUAAGUUACUAGCCAAGAAAAAGCAAGAUGUCGAAGAUAGUUUUGAUAAGUCCAAUGAUCGGUCUAAGAGGGCGAAAUGGGGUAAGAACCCAGAUGUUGUCAUCCCUGGAAGUUCAUAAUAAGAUACAGCAUAAAUAUAUUCAAUA